AUGUGCCCGGGGCUCGGGGCUCCCCCCACGCUGGUUCUGCUCCUGUCCCUGCUCCCCGGGGCUGCUGGGGGGAGGCUGCUGGUGGUGCCGGUGGACGGGAGUCGUUGGCUCAGCACACGGGAGGUGCUGGAUGCCCUCGGGCAGAGGGGACACGAGAUCGUCGUCGUCGCUCCUGAAAUAAGCAUCCAUGUAAAGCCAUCAGAGAAUUUCAUUAUGAAAACCUAUCCAACACCUUUCACCCAGGAGGAGAUACAAGGGAGCAUCCAAGCUUUUUCUCAGGCUGUGUUUGAAGAAGGAUCUUUUCUGGAAAGGUUUCUUAAAGUAUACGAGAGGCUGAGAAGCUCCUCGGCCAUUUCCCUCUCUACCUGCUCCCACUUGCUGCACAACAAAGAGCUUCUCAGGUACCUGGAGGAGAGCAAGUUCGAUGCUCUCCUUACAGACCCUGUGGUGCCCUGUGGGCAGAUCCUGGCCGAGCAUCUCGCCGUCCCCUCCGUGUUCUUCUUACGGGUGAUGCCGUGUGGUUUGGAUUUUGAAGCCACCGCAUGUCCCAGUCCCCCUUCUUAUGUCCCCAGGACAUUUACAGACUAUACAGACCACAUGAACUUUCUCCAGCGUGUAAAGAACCUA